UAUAUCCCUCCUCAGUAGUGUCGCCGUGCAUCUAGAUAUAAUUUCUCUUCUCAAUCAAAACCAUCAUGACUGAUCCAACUCCUAAAUCCGUACUGGUAACAGGAGCAAAUGGGUAUAUUGGCAAUGCAACUGCACGGGCUUUCGUGAGAGCAGGAUGGACAACCUACGGUCUCGUGCGACAAGAAUCACUGCUGCCCUCCCUCAAAGCAGAGGAAAUCAUCCCCAUCCUCGGCUCGCCCGCCGACCAAACAUUUAUCGCCUCCCUCGACUUGAGCGUCGUCUUCGACGUGAUUGUUUCCACAACGGAGGAAAUAAUGAACUAUGUUCCACACUACAAUGAGGUCGUCUCCUUGCUCGAGGUACUCGCUGAGCGGAAUCAAAGUCAUGGGAAGAAGAAGCCUCUAGUACUGUUCACGAGCGGCUGUAAGGAUUAUGGCAUGAUGGACGAGAUGUCCGAUUCGCCCGGCCUGCAACCCCACACAGAAGAGUCGCCCAUAGCUCCUCCGCCCUUCGCACUCAAUCGCGCCACCCACGCCAUCAAGAUCUUUGAGCAUGCCUGCCUGUUUGAUGCCGUUCUGUUGCGUCCCACAAACGUGUAUGGGCUUGCCUCGUCGUAUUAUGGGGAUUUCUUGCGGCUGGCGAAAGAAGGUAAGGAGAAAGGCGUGCUGGAAUUCAGUGAGAACCCGAAGACUAUCUUGCAUGCCUUGCACGUAGAUGAUUGCGGGGAGGCGUAUGUGGCGCUCGCAGAGUUUCCGCACAGGGAGAAGCUCAACGGACAGUGCUUUAACAUCUCCAGUUAUAGAUUUGAGACGCUAGAGGAGAUUGCACAAGCGUUAGUGCAUGAAUAUAACAUUCAGAAUGGGGUCAAGUGGUUGCCGGUUCCGCAGGGUCGUGCCGAUGUUGAUUUCGCUAGGCGCUUAAUUGGAUUCUCACAGUGGACUGGGAGCGACAGGUUGAGAGAAUUGACUGGGUGGAAGGAUCGCCGGGUUCUGUUUUCAAAGGGGUUGAAACAGUACAGGCUUGCGUACGAGGCUGCAAUUACAAGACCAGAAUCCAGAAGAUGAUGGAAAUUAGCUAUACAUCAAGCUGAGAUUUCUGUGAAAUGGAACGGUUCCAAAGUUGGCUUUUGGAAAAUCUAGACUUCUAUAAUUAGUCCAAUUCUACUAGAAUUAAAA